AUGACUAUUUCUGUGAUUGGCACAUUUUUGGCAGACACUGACCAGAGCGGAGGAACGUGGGGACGCACUCCUCUGCGCGACGUGGAAAUGACUGUGCCAAUUGGCGAGGAGAUGAUGGAGCUCAUCAAACACUCUCCCCUUGUGCGUCUCCAGGCGAAUGGGAUGAAAUAUCACCUAAUUGAUCCGCAGAAUUGGGUGACUAUCGACGAGAAGACUGGCGACAUUUUCCUCACGGAUGGAUUUCGUGGUGUUGAGCUGGGGAGAAAGUAUUCCGUGAGCGUUGCCACCCGAAAUGAUAGCUUACCAGCGACAAAAAUCAGCGUCUCACCGAUGAAAAUCACCUCUCUGGAGGAAUUCUGUCGCAAAAAUGGAGAGCUUUUCUGCUUCUGGGACUCAGUCACGUACGCAAUUCCAGAAAGUACUAAAGCGAGUGGGAAAAUGGAGGAAAUUGGACCCUUGGCACCAGCCUUCCUCAGGAAAAUCUGUCCAAAUGUCUCGACGAAGUACAAAUUGAUCAACGGUAGUGACUUUUUGGACAUCAGAGGGGGAUUUUUGAUGAGAAUAUCACCACUGGAUCAUGACACACUCAAUCCAGGACCCACGAUCUCUCCCCAUGUGCAGUGUUCAGUUACCACGGCAUCUCACGCACUGAGCGAAACCUUCAAUCGAGUCCUGACGGUGAAUAUUCUGGACAGGAAUGACAAUCCUCCGCAACGGCAAGAUGAUCAUCGCAUCACAAUCGAUAUUUCUGACCCGCAUUUCACAAAGGGUCGGCAAGUGGGGAGUCAGAACGUGAUUUUUCUGGACGGCGACUCGCUUCAAGUCAAUGGAAAGAUGACGUACGAAAUCCUCAAUGAUACCCUCGAAAUGCUCAAACCUGACUGCAAAGGAUACGAGGCCGAUCACAGGGAACCUAAGACAUCGGUUAUCAACUGCAAGUUGAUCUUUGCUCGUGACGGUAUCCUGCGGAAGAGUCCUUAUUGCAUCAUUCUGCGAGCUAGGGAUGCAAGCUUGAAUACGAGACCAAACUCCGCAAAUUCUAGUAUUUGCAUCACAGCCGAUCUGUCCCUAAUUCAUGAACUGGACGGACCUACUGCGAUGGCCUUGUCCUCGGGCGCUCGCCAAGAAAACACCAGAAAGACAAUGCUCCAGCAGAAACGAAACAACCGACGAAACUACAUUAAUGCACAAAGCGAAGCAGCAGCAAAGGCAGCUCUAGCAGAACUGGAAACCGAGACGGCUAAAGGAAUAGUCUAUUCCCAUGAUAUUUACGUUUUAAGGACAGCAACCAACAUGACCAGAGUUGCGCAGCCAAAUAACAUGAUGGAUCUCUUGAAAGUACCUUCAAUCAAAUUCAAAGUUACCAGUGAUCCAAUAGAAGCCUUCGGUAUCACUCCUCUGGGCGGCAUAAUCUUCGUACGCAACACAACUGCUCUUCAGAGUGCCCAAGAAACCAUUUAUUACCUCACAAUAAGCUUCCUCAAGCAGACUCAAUCAAUGGUGCUUCAUGUUCAUGAUGAUUAUAUGGGAAAUGGAACUUGUCAAGUCAACGCAACGCAUGUUCCUUCUUGUUCUGAGAUGAGUACCAAAACCACAUGUGUCAAGACAUGUGGAAUUGGUGUAAACGGAGGCAGUUGCCAAUGGAGAAAUAACGAUUAUCCUAUUCAACUGACUUUGUACUACGCCACUUGUUCACCGAAUUUCACCCACUGUCCGGAUGGUAUCUGUGACCCUCUAGAAGAGAUUGGCCAACACGCUGAGCAUUAUCUCUGUCCGCAAGACUGCACGAAGCAUGUUUAUGGAUCUGGGAAGCUUAAUGAGAGCGGACUAGGCAUCUAUUCAGGAGUGGGAGUGUGCAGUUGUGACGAUAUGGGGAAGUGCUCGUGUGGAGCCCCAGCGAGUUCGUAUCCGAAGAGGGAGAAGAAGCCCAAAGAAAAGUCGAAAAGCGAGACUGGAGAUAUAUUGGCGAACAUUGAAGAGGCGGGAGUGAGAAAUGGAAGAGUGUACAACAUUUCAACGCAUUCACCUUCAUGGGCAUCCUUCCAAUGUGGAGCUUCGUGUUUGAGUCUAGUCAUUGGUGUUCCGCUGAUUUUAUUCACAAUAGUGGUGAUCUUGAUCAUCACCAAGUGUGGAAAUGACAAGAGAUGCAAGAGAAAAUCCCUGCCAGAAGAGAGAAUCGCAUUCUCUCCCGAUAUCGAUGGAAAUAAUCCUGAUCUGCCUCUAGUUCCCAUCUCUAGUCAGUUUGUCUUCAAGACCGAUCCGGAUUCAAAGUGGGAAUUUCCAAGACUGCAACUAACCUUGGAUGUGACUUUGGGUGAAGGGGAAUUUGGCAAAGUCGUUAAGGGUUUCGCAUCUGAUAUUGAUAAUCGUCCUGGCGUGACUACAGUUGCUGUGAAAAUGCUCAAAACUGGAGCUCACUCGGUGGAACUCUUGGCUCUCCUUUCGGAGUUUCAACUUCUUCAAGAAGUUUCACAUCCCAACGUCAUUCGAUUACUAGGCGCUUGCACUCAAGCCACCGAUAACCCUCUGAUCAUAAUAGAGUACGCAAAGUACGGUUCCCUUCGGAAUUAUCUGAGACUGAGCCGCAAGAUUGAGUGUGCGGGAAUUGACUUCACCAAUGGCGUUGAACCGGUGACUGUUAAGGACAUCUUGUCGUUUGCCUGGCAGAUUUGCAAGGGAAUGUCCUACCUCACGGAAAUCAAGCUAGUCCAUCGAGAUCUCGCGGCGAGGAAUGUUCUGUUAGCGGAGGGGAAGGUUUGCAAGAUCUCAGACUUUGGUCUCACUAGAGAUGUCUAUCAGGACGAUGCAUAUCUAAAGCGGUCUAAGGAUAGAGUUCCUGUUAAGUGGAUGGCACCGGAAUCUCUAGCAGAUCAUGUGUAUACGACCAGAUCUGAUGUGUGGGCCUUUGGUGUGUUAGCAUGGGAAUUGAUAACUCUGGGGGCUUCACCGUAUCCUGGAGUGCCACCUCAGAACCUCUAUCAUCUCCUGAAGCAGGGAUAUCGUAUGGAACGACCCAAGAAUUGCUCUGACGACAUUUAUGCCAUCAUCAAGUCAUGCUGGGCGGAUGAUCCUCUGGCCAGACCGGCCUUCAAAGUCCUUGUGUCUCAGUGGGAGAGGCUCUUGGGCAACAAUGCCAAGUAUAUUGAAUUGGAACAGAAUGCCAUUUCGAAUCCCUUGUACUGCGCCGACAAUGAUCGCGAGAUUUCCAAUGUGGAAGUGCCAGAAGAUUGCCUAGAUCAUCUGUGGUAUCCACCCAAUUCCAUCUUCUCAGACCCAGACAAUGAUUCCAAUGUCGCCACAACGGGAAAUAGUGGACAGACAGACACCACAAACCUCACCGAGACUCACCUGAUUAAGGGCUAUGACACACCUCGGCCUCUGAUUGAGGCGCGGACAAUUGAUCAGAGGAUCAAGUAUGAAAAUGAAGUGACAGUGCCGACAACAACCAAAGGUUAUGUUAAUCAACCGGAAACCUUAGCAGAUAGUGAACCGACGCAUCUGGAUCCUAAUCACUACGAAAGCCCCAUUGCCAGGGGAAAGUCUUAUGUGGACAUGACAGCCACUCAUCCCCCCAGGAUCAGUGGAAUUACCAAUAAUUUGGACAAUUCAAACCUGGACAAGAAGUUGUCCAAGGAUAUUUCGUUUAAAUUUUUCAGUCUUUUAGGGGAUUCGGAUGGAAACGCAACGACUAUAGUUUAG